CUACGUGAACUCUUUCUCAAUUUUAAUUUUAUAGAUUCUGUUGCCAAAACUCUAUCUAUAGUCGAGAAUCGGGGAAUUUGAACGGUGGGAUUUUGCGAAAUACCAAGAAACGAUCAACAUGUCACUUCCGGCCCACGAGGGCAGCGGCAGCAAUUCCCAACCCCAUAAUCACCACCAGCCAAACCAGAAUCAACUGUCAUCGUCGCAUUCCGUCAUCUCAUCCACUUCCACUUCCACCUCCACCUCCAGCACCCAUCACCAUCACCAUGCCUCUCAAUCCGAACCUCAAUACCACGACAUCAACAAUGCUAACCCGGACCCCAACGCCCUCGAGAAGCAAUCCACCGUCGCCUCGGGCUUCUCCGCCGCCCUGGAGACCCGCACGCACUCGAUCGUCUCGCGCAUCCGCAGCCGCGAGCCGGGCCAAACCGCCCGCUUCACCCACCCGCUUUCCCACACCAAGACCACCGAGGACGUCAUCGUCGACUUUGACGGGCCGGAUGAUCCCUAUCGGCCCAUGAAUUGGAGCUUUCGGAAGAAGGCGAUCACGACGGUUUUGUACGGGUUGACGACAAUGGGUGCUACGUGGGCGAGUUCGAUUUACUCCACCGGUACAACGCAAGUCGACUCGGAGUUUCACGUUGGCGAGGAAGUCGGGACAUUGGGGACGACGCUGUUGCUUUUCGGGUUCGGCCUCGGCCCACUGAUCUGGGCGCCCAUCUCCGAAGUCUACGGCCGCAAACCCGCCGUGCUGGCCCCCUACUUCAUCGCCGCGAUCUUCUCCUUCGGCACCGCCACCGCCAAAGACCUGCAGACCGUGAUGCUGACCCGCUUCUUUACGGGCUUUUUUGGGUCUGCCCCGGUCACCAACACCGGCGGCGUGCUCAGCGACAUCUGGACGGCGGAGCAGCGCGGCGCCGCGAUCGUGGGCUACGCGAUGGCUGUUGUCGGCGGGCCCGUACUGGGGCCUAUCGUCGGCGGGGCGAUCACGCAAAGCUACCUCGGCUGGCGGUGGACGCAAUACAUCACGGGCAUCAUGAUGAUGUUCUUCCUCGCUCUCGACCUUUUAUGUUUGGACGAAUCCUACCCCCCGGUCCUCCUGGUGUACAAAGCGCAACGCCUGCGCUUCAGCACCGGCAACUGGGCCUUGCACGCGCGCCACGAAGAAUGGGACGUGACGCUGCGCGAGCUCGGCAACAAAUACAUGAUCCGUCCCUUCGCGCUCCUGACCACGCCCAUCUGCUUCCUCGUGGCGCUCUACGCCUCCUUCGUCUACGGCAUCCUCUACCUCAGUCUCGCCGCCUUCCCCAUCGAAUUCCAGCGCAUCCGGGGCUGGAACCCCGUCGUCGGCGCCCUGCCCUUCCUGGCGUAUCUGAUCGGCAUCCUCUGCGGCGCCGCCAUCAAUCUCUUCAAUCAGCGCUUCUACGUCCGCCGCUUCAAGGCCAACGGCAACCGCCCCGUCCCCGAAGCCCGGCUCCCGCCCAUGAUGCUCGGCUCGGUGUUUUUCGCGGGAGGGUUGUUUCUGUUCGGCUGGACCGGCACCCUCAAGUUUCACUGGAUCUGUCCCUGCAUCGGGGCCGUGUUCAUGGGCUUCGGGUUCUUCACCAUCUUCCAGGCCGCCCUCAACUAUCUGAUCGACACCUUCCAGGCGUUCUCGGCCAGCGCCGUCGCGGCCAAUACCUUCAUGCGCAGUCUCUUCGCGGGCUGUUUCCCCCUGUUUGCGAAUAUCAUGUUCACGAAGAUGGGGGUGCCCUGGGCGGCGAGUGUGUUGGGGUUCGUGGCCGUGGCGUUGAUCCCCAUCCCCUAUCUGUUUUAUAUUUAUGGGAAGCGCAUUCGGGCGCGCGGGAAGUGGUCGCGCGCUUCGGUUUAUGAUUGAUUUCCUCCUCGUCUUUCUAGUUGGAGAUUAUAUUUGAGGAAUGGGGCUGGGUCCCAGGGUGGGUCAUUCGGCAGUACAUCUUCUGCUCUGAAAAGUGAUUUGUGAUUUAUGAUACCUCUGAUGGAACCCGGUUAGAUUUGUGUUUUGUGUUUUGUCUUUCCUUGCAUGACCU